AACUCUGUGGCUUAUCUGUCAGCUGUGAUCCGAUGCAAUCUGGAUAUGUGCGCCUUCUUCGAAACAAUUACCUGCAAACGUUGUUUCUCCGGAUCGAGCGCUAGUUUCGUUGCGUGAUUUUGGAUAUGUGCAUGAACAGUAUGCGUGGCCAUUUACUUCAAUCACAAGGCAGCUAACAAGCUUUUACUUGGGUUGGAUGUACAGCUCUCUUUCCUUAUGAAGAAGGCAAAAUACCAUACAUAAAAGAAAGAUGUCAGGGUUGUGGCUUUGUGCAUGAGAUGAUGGUGUAUUCCAGAUGAUCUUUUUGCAGUCAAUGCAAUGUGUUUGGCAAGUGCUUCCCACAAGCUCAAGGGUUAUGGGUUCAAUUCCAACCCCUUUCUCGGUGUGUGUGACGUUUGCACGCUCUCUGCUAUUCCAUUUGGGUUCUGUCCAGAUUUGGGUAACCGCUUAUAUCUACCUUUUCUUGUUGCUUCUUUGCUUUGCCUUUGUGGAUCAAUCCAGUGGAUUGGGAAAUGCAUUAACGAAUGAUGUUGACAAAAUUCCCAUUCUGAAAGGGAAUAUACCACGUGACUACAUUAUUAAAGUGAAGUAUGUUCCUAAGUCAAGUGGCUUGUCUGAUGCCUGUUGGUUGAUUCUUAACCUUCAUAAAUUGCAGGAAAGUUUGGAAAAUCUUGCUGAGAAAUUUGACCACAACGCCGACAACCGCAAUAACAUUACAGUUUUAAUAAAUAUGGUACAGCAAAUGCGGUCACCCUAUAAUGACCUUGAGCGUGACAUCAUAGGAGACCUUGACUGCCUUUACAUAGAUGGAUAUUUUAACACCAGCACAUAUUUCAAACACUUUACGACAAUUACCAAGGUGUAUGAAGUCGCGAAGUAUGAGGAUGACGAGUAUUGUAACCCUCCCUGCACAGCAGAAAGCAUAAGUACAGAAACUGGAUCCAUUACCAGCGUUUCUGAAUUGACGGUGAAAAUGAAUACAACUCCAUGUAUAUCUACGAGUGGGUGCACGACAGCAGAUCCAAAACGUGCUUCAAAAAUCUUUGACGAUGUGCUACCACAGAAAGUACAGAUAUCAUUUCUGUCACUGCUACUCAUCCCUUUAAUUGCAUUUGUGCUUGUGUGGCAGGGCAGAAAAAGAAAACGAAGAGAAAGAAGUGAAGAGGAAAAAAGUGCAAAUCAAGUCACUGAACAUACAGAUAUUCUAAUACCUGAAAAUAAUGUUACACAGGAAGAAAGUGACAGAUUGAGAACAGAAGUAUAGUUCUACAGAGAGCUUGUUAUCUAAAUAAUACUGUUGUGACAGUGUCUAUGUUGCUUCCCUGCUGAAGCUCUUCUUUUAUUGCCAUUUAUAUUCUCUCUGGACUGAAGAACAGAAUGUUGGAUUUCAGAGCAACUUAUGAUUUAUGAGAAAAGUCCACUUCCUGGAAAAUCAGCAUUUGGGAUGACUUUUUGUUCCCCGAUGUAACAGAACCUAAAAAUCAUGCACUCAUGUGUUUACUUUGCACAGCAUGGAGAGAAAAAUAGACAAUAAUUGAUACUUUGAAAAAAUAAAUAAAUAAAAAACUGGAACAGGACCAAAAAUUCAUGUUUUGGCAAGCAUGAUAAAGGUUUGUGAAGCUUCGAGCUGUGAUACAAGAAAGACUUGUCUGCACGCCCGUUCAGCCUGGCAGUAAUGACAAGACUGACGAGAAAGACUACAGAACAUUUAAAGACAUUGAACAUUUUAAAAAUGUUACAGUUUUAAUGAAAUUCUAUUGAACCGUGACAGUGUAAAUACUCCUUAUUACUGGUCAAGAGUGGUGGGAGGGGGGGUUAAGAACUUCUUGGAAAAAAGGUAUUGUUGAGCAAUAUUUGGACCCAGUGGGAGGAUAUUUUAAAUUUUAAUAUUAUAUAUGCACUGUUUUUAUAAAACUUUUUUGAUGUGAUUUUCUUGGCACUGAACCACAUUUCUACCCAUAUAUUAAAAAAGAUAUAUACAUUUUUUUUUGUCCUUUGAAUUUUGGGUUUGACAGAUUCUAAUUGGUCUUCAUAUAUUGGCUGGGUUGGUCCAAUUCGUUUAAAAUAUAUUAAACAGAAAUGGUUUCAAUAUGCAAGUGUUAUCAUGUAACCAAUCAUGCCUGCCCUGGUAUAACUCUGGUGCAAAGUGAAUGAUGUAGAAUUACUAUUUUUUUGUCUUAUAAAACAACAUUCAGAACAUUAGGUUAUUACUGUUCCCUUGUAUAAUGUGAUAGUCUCUUUCUGUGUAUGCUGCUUUUUGUCUUAGAUAUGAGGAAGUCAUUCAUUUAUAUCAAGUUCUCUCUCAACAAAACACAUCAAUUGUUAUAAAAUGACAUGAUUUUUUUUUAAUGUGAGAAAAAAUUAUAAUUAUCUUGCACAACACGAAAUAGAGAUAAAUGUGCACAAAUGUCCUGAGAUUUUUUAUUUGUUUGUUUUUUUGUUUUGUUAUUGCUGGUCUUUUUAAUAAGAUGCAGAGCAAGAUUUUUUAUUAUUAUUAUUGUUAUUGUUAAGAAGAUGGACCUAAAAUGAAUGUCCAUAAACUAUACAUUUACCUAGUUGUUAUUACUUUGGCAUAUAAACAUAGCAAUUUUCUAAACAAGUGCAUUUCUUUUGGUUUGACCAUCCAUUACAUUUUAACUACGAUCUGUGCAGUACCUGCUGAACUGACAACUUCCUCAUUGGUCUUUAUUUCUAUUGCUGACACAUCAAAACGGGGAGAAAGCCUUUAUUUUAUUUUAUACUUGGUUUUAUGUUAUUGUAAAACGUUUAUAGACAUGAACGCCAUAAUAAGAAAUUCUGAUAAUCUGCAUUAAUAUAUUUUUAAUAAAACACAGAAAAGCGGAGCAAAUGUUUGCCCUAUUUAUAGCUCGCAUUGCAGUCUGCAAAGACAAAGGCUGAAGUGUGCACUUUGAAAUGUUCAAGUUUGUUCCUUGUAUGUUUUAUUUUUUAUUUUAACUAUUUUUUGAGACUGUAACAUAACACUAUCGGCACAGCAGAGACACACUUUGACUCACCCGAUGCUAAAUACAGAUGAAUGUGCCAAAGAUGUCUCAUUCUAUUUCAUUCAGUUUACCUCUUGUUAAGAUAAAAUGCUUGUAUAUCUAUUCUAUAUUCCCUUAUAUUACUGAAAAGAGAAAUAAAACUUUAUAUUUGUAGCUCUUAGAAAAUUAA